AACAACGGAGCCGAGCCGGAGCUGAAGCCGGCAAAGUGUUUAUUACGUCCGGUGUGUCGGCUUUCCCAUAACUAAUCCCACAAUGGUUUUCCACGUGUCCUUUUUAACCCCUUCUCUUGACGGCCGACUUCUCCGUCAACUCUCUCUCCGUUUUUCUCCGUCAACCGAUAAAUUUAUAUAUCUAUAUCGUAAAAAACGCCGGUCAACUACCCCCUCUCUUUCUCUCUCUAAAUUUCCCCUUCUCUCUCUCUACAACCACCACAAUCUCUUUCUCUCUCUCUUUCUUGUUAAAUCUCCGUUAGGUUUCCGUCACUUAUCAAAUCCCGGCUACCAGAUCCGUUAGCUUUCCGUCUAUUAUCAAAUCUCCGGCCACAGAUCCGUUAGUUUUCCGUUUCUUAUCUAAUCUCCGGCCACCAGAUCGGUUAGGUUUCCGAUAUUUAUUGAAUCUCCGGCCACCAGAUCCGUUAGUUUCCGGUUUUAUUCAAUCGCCGGCGGUAACCAGAUCUGUUAGGUUUCCGAUAUGGAAGAUGAUGAAGAAACUCACUCACAUCAAUCCGUCGGAUCCGGAUCUAGAUCUGGAUCUGAAGAUUCGCAGCGUUCUAAUCCGCGGAUCUCCGUCACGGUGGCGUCCGCCGCACCUCCGCAGAACACGUUGACCUUAGCGCUACCGAUUCAGCAACCGCGUACCGUCGCCGGCGGCGGAGGUGGUGGCGGAGGAGGUGGAACAGGAGGAGGAGGAGGUAGAGAGGAUUGUUGGAGCGAAGGUGCAACCGCGGUGUUGAUAGACGCGUGGGGAGAACGCUACCUGGAGCUGAGCAGGGGGAAUUUGAAGCAGAAACACUGGAAAGAGGUUGCGGAUAUUGUUAGUAGUCGAGAGGAUUAUUUGAAGACUCCGAAGACGGAUAUUCAGUGUAAGAAUCGGAUCGAUACGGUGAAGAAGAAGUAUAAGCUUGAGAAGGCGAAGAUUGCGACCGGUGGUGGACCUAGUAGUUGGAGGUUUUACGAUCGGUUGGAUCAGCUUAUCGGUCCUAUGGCGAAUGCAAAAAACAAUUUGUCGUCGUCUACUCCGCCUUUGAGAGCGGUUCCGGUUGGGAUUCCUGUUGGUGUUAGAUCGGCUCCUGUUCAGAGUUUGAGGCUUAAACAACAACAGGAACGACAACAACAGCUACAACAGCAGCAACAGCUUCAACUGCAGCAACAACAGCAGCAACUUCGCUUGCAACAGCAACAACAACAACAGCAGAAGCUUGAACAGCAGCGAAAGCGUAUGCGUCCGCCUCCCGCGUACUCCGAGUCAUCAGAAUCUGAACCAGAUGCGUCACCAGACUCGCCAGAAUCGGAUCCCUACGAGCAGAAACGAAUUAAAGUUCCAAUCCCAUUCAAUGCGAGGUCAAAUUCUAGGCAGCAGCAGCAACAGCAGCAGAACAAAGGACGGGGAUCGAAAGAGAAGAAUUGGGGAGAUUCGGUUAGGGAAUUGACGAAGGCGAUCAUGAAAUUUGGGGAAGCGUAUGAGCAGGCGGAGAGCUCGAAGCUGCAACAGAUGGUGGAGAUGCAGAAGCAAAGUAUGAAGUUUGCGAAGGAGCUUGAAUUGCAAAGAAUGCAGUUUUUUAUGAAGACACAGUUGGAGUUGUCACAGCUGAAGCAGAGUAGAAGAAAUGUGGAGAACAAUAACAGCAAUCAUAAUCAUAAUCAUAAUCAUCACAGCAGUAACCAUAACACUAUAAACCACAAUGAUCACAGUGAUGAUAGCAAUAACUGAUGUAGGGUGUUUUAAGAGAGCAACAAACUGGCUUAUUAAUUAAUUAUGACCCUCUUUAAGGGUGUUUAGGGAGAUGUAUGUAAUUGAAUUUGCUUGCGUUAGUUUCAUGAAUUUCGAUUGAUACCCUUUUGAGCUUGGGAAUAUCCGGUUCAUGGUCUUUCUUUUGCAGGUAUGUUUGUUCAUCAAGCAUCUUUGUUUAAAGGUUUAGGCUUGAUACGUGAUUUUGAUGACACAGCAAUGGUUAGUCAUUUUACCUCCUCCGUUUCAUUGGUAUGAUCAUCACACAAGCAGCAACUUACUGUUUUGUGGAUUUUUGAUAUGUUAAAAGGGGUAGGCAAGUAUUCUGAUGA